AUGACAGGCAAGUCCUUGCAGGAUGCUCGUCGCGACUACGGGACCAUUAAUCGGUCAAGCGCAGACAAUGCAGAGCCUGUAGAAGAGAACAGGCGACGACUUCAUCGUGAGCUGUCAGCAAGACAGGUUCAGAUGAUUGCAAUUGCGGGGACAAUUGGAACAGGUACCGGACGUUCUCUGGCACAAGGUGGCCCAGCAAGUAUUCUGAUAUGCUACGGUAUAAUCGGAUUCAUCGUCUACGUGACUCUCCUUCUACUUGGAGAGAUGGCCACUCAGUAUCCUAUUGCCGGCUCAUUCAACACAUAUGCAACGAGAUUCGUUUCUCCGUCUUAUGGAUUUGCACUCUCUUGGAAUUACUGGUUCAAUGAUGCAGUCUCUGUUGCGUCCGACUUGACUGCUGCACAAUUGGUCCUCGAAUAUUGGACUGACUGGCACCCGUGGGUUAUCAGUCUUUUGUUUUGGGUGUUCCUCGUGGCUGUCAAUUCGGCUCACGUUCGGGCAUAUGGAGAGUUGGAGUAUUGGUUGUCAUCACUUAAAGUCCUGACCGUUGUUGUAUUCAUUAUCCUGGGCAUUUUGGUCAACGUUGGGGUCAACGAAGAUCACAGGUACAUUGGAUCUAGUAAUUGGAGAAUACCCGGUGCUCCUUUUGUAGGGGGAUUUGGAGGGUUUGCAAAGGUAUUUGUGACAGCUAGCUUUGCUUAUGGUGGAACCGAAAGCUUGGGAAUUACCGCCGGAGAGACGAAGAAUCCCUCCAAGAACAUGCCCAAGGUUGUUAAAUUCGUGUUUUGGCGGAUAUUGCUUUUCUAUAUUUUGAGCGUAUUCCUUAUUGGUUUAAACGUUCCUUGGGACUACCCAAAUCUGUCCAAUAAAACAACGACGACCUCUCCUUUCACGAUUGUAUUCCAAUAUGCUGGCUCCAAGGUGGCUGCAUCGUUCAUGAACACUGUAAUACUUUCUUCCGUUUUGUCGGCGGGGAAUCAUGCACUGUUUGCCGGAAGCAGAGUUCUUUAUGGGCUUUCCGUAACUGUGCCUCCGCAAGCGCCGAAGAUAUUCUCCUGGACGACCCGUCAAGGAGUGCCUAUACCAGCGCUGAUGUUGACUAGUAGCAUAAGCAUUCUUUGUUUUGGCAGCAGUUUCAUUGGAAGCGGUCAGCUGUGGGGAUGGCUUCAGAACAUUGUCGGCGUGUCCAAUCAGAUCGCUUGGCUAUCCAUAGGUCUAGCCAGCUGGAGAUUUAGAAAGGCUUGGAUAUACCAAGGACGCUCGCUGGACGAACUCAAGUUCCGGCCGGCAUGGACUUGGCCGUGGGGUCCACCAUUUGUUGUUAUUACGGUAACCGCGCUCAUCCUCAUUCAGGGCUGGUCGUCGAUAAUUCCAACCUUCAGCGUGGUGGAUUUCUUUUCUCUGUAUAUUGAGAUUCCUGUUAUGGUCGUUAUGUACUCGGCAUGGCUCUCUUUCAGGCGCCGCAACUGCACGAAGACUGCUGCUGAGACGGAAGCAUCGACAAAGGCACCUUGGUCUGACAUUGUUGAUAUGAAGACGGUUGAUCUUACUACUGAUGAGUAUGUGGAGCAUCAAGUAGAGGACGCAGAGGCCGAGCGCCAAACGAUCUUACGGCGGCUGUAUUAUUGGUUUGCAUAAUGUUACCCUUCCUAGAGUGUACUAUAUACCAUGUUGUAUAUGCUACUAUACAUCCUGCUCUCCUAUGUUUAAGCGCGCUUACUGAGUCCAAAUUCUCUAGAAUUGCUUAUGCGUUAACGUUAGGUCUAGUGAUGAACGACCGCGCAACAGGCUGUUUAUUGAUAGAAUAUGUCCCAAGCAGAAUCAUGAAACUUCAAGCUUCUCAAUUGCGCCGCAAGCAUUAGUGUUCGACGAGAAGAGCAAGAUAGUGACUCCCCAGAAUUAACGGUCAAUCUCACGGGCACCUGCGCAGGCAUCACAUUCGGCUACGAGACCAACGAGAGUCGAACGAUGCUUC